UAAAUACUCAAACACUACCAAUGAAAUCUUUAAGAAUAUAUCAUACUGCAAACAUCCAACCUAAAUGGUAUCCUUCUGCAUUACUCAGAGCAUCUAUUGCUUUUACUCAACAAUCCCAUGAAGCUCUUGAUACAACCUCACUGCUUAUUUAA